UGGAUCUGCAUCAAAACCAACCUACAGAGCAUGUCUGAGGUCUGAAGAUCAGCAUCAGCAAAAACAAGGAGUGGGACACCUAUGUAUUUUCCUUUAAUAAAUAUGGGUGGGCAAAUGGUUAUGCAAGGUUAUGACUUCAAGCUGCUUUCUCCUUGCUAUUUUGUAUCUUCAUUCUUCCCUUCCUCCUAAUUCCCACAGGGUGGGUGCUAACUCUAAUUGCAGCUGGAGGAGAAAGAUACAGGGGAUUCGCUGACCUCUUCCCAAAUCUGAAGGACUGAAAUUGUGGGAAUCAAUUUGAAAGCCAUCCUGCUUACAUAUGGCAGAGAAGGUAUCUACUACAGUUAAGGACUCGGAUACAACUGAGGAUGACACCUGCCAGCACCUACAGGACACAACUCUUCUUGCCACCCACCUAAAAAAGGUGGAAAAUCACAUUACAGAUGCACGGCGCUUCUGCCAUCUUCCAAAACGGUCAUCAGUUGAUAUUGAGUUCAAAGAUUUAUCUUAUUCUGUAAGAGAAGGGCCAUGUUGGAGGAAGAGAGGUUACAAGACCCUCUUGAAAUGUUUGUCUGGCAUGUUCUGCAAUCAAGAACUUAUUGGAAUUAUGGGUCCUUCUGGUGCUGGAAAAUCCACAUUAAUGAACAUUCUGGCUGGAUACAGGGACAGUGGAAUGACUGGUGAGAUUCUGGUAAAUGGAAAACAGAGGGAACUACGAACUUUCCGGAAGAUGUCAUGUUAUAUCAUGCAGGACGAUAUGCUACUGCCGCACUUGAAUGUCAAGGAAGCCAUGAUGGUAUCUGCCAACUUGAAACUUAAUGAGAAGAUGGAUGUGAAGAGAAAACUGGUAAAUGAGAUCUUGACAGCACUGGGUCUGCUUGAGUGCUCUGGAACUCGAACAAUGUGCCUUUCUGGGGGUCAGCGAAAGCGUUUAGCUAUUGCUCUAGAACUAGUCAAUAAUCCACCAGUCAUGUUUUUUGAUGAACCUACUAGUGGUUUAGACAGCGCGUCAUGUUUCCAGGUGGUUUCACUAUUGAACUCUCUGGCUCAAGGUGGCCGCACAAUUAUCUGUACUAUACAUCAACCAAGUGCAAAACUUUUUGAAAUGUUUGACAAGCUUUUCAUUCUCAGUCAGGGACAGUGCAUAUACCAAGGGGCUGUAACUCACCUCAUUCCAUAUCUGAAGAGCCUAGGAUUACACUGCCCCACGUACCACAAUCCUGCAGAUUUCAUUAUUGAAAUAGCAUCAGGGGAGUAUGGAGACCUAAACCCAGUAUUAUUUCGGGCAGUGGAAGAUGGAAUGUGCCCCAUUAGCAGGGGAAAAAGCAAGCCAACUAUAAGAGAACUAGACCUCUGCCCUCUGCAGGAUGUCUCUUGCCACAUUGAAAGCCAUACAUUUGCCACAAGUUCAGUGAACCAGUUCUGCAUCCUUUUCAAACGCACAUUCCUCUCAAUCCUGAGAGAUACGGUCCUGACUCAUCUGCGUUUCAUGUCACACCUGUGUAUCGGGGUUCUGAUCGGGCUGCUGUACCUGAACAUUGGUGAUGAUGCAAGCAAAGUAUUCAAUAACACAGGCUUCCUCUUCUUCUCCAUGCUCUUUCUUAUGUUUGCAGCUCUUAUGCCAACUGUGUUAACCUUUCCUCUAGAGAUGUCUGUCUUUCUCAGAGAACACCUAAACUACUGGUACAGCCUAAAGGCAUAUUAUCUAGCCAAGACAAUGGCAGAUGUUCCGUUCCAGGUGGUUUGUCCAAUCACAUAUUGCAGCAUUGUAUACUGGAUGACUGGUCAGCCCUCUGAGGCUACUCGUUUCCUACUUUUUUCUGCUCUUGCUACUUCUACUGCUCUAGUUGCACAAUCAUUGGGGCUUCUAAUUGGUGCGGCUUCUAACUCCUUACAGGUUGCAACCUUUGUGGGACCAGUUACGGCAAUACCAGUGUUACUAUUCUCAGGCUUCUUUGUCAGCUUUAAAACCAUUCCAACAUAUCUGCAAUGGAGUUCAUACAUCUCGUAUGUCAGAUAUGGGUUUGAAGGAGUUAUCUUGACUAUUUAUGGCAUGGACCGUGCUGAAUUACAAUGCAAUGAAGAACCCUGCACAUUCCGAGAUCCUCAUCAUGUCUUGCAACAACUUGAUGUUGAGGAUGCAAAACUGUAUGUUGACUUUCUUGUACUAGGAGGUUUCUUUAUUGGACUCCGCCUCCUAGCAUACCUUGUGCUACGCUACCGUGUUAAAUCUGAACGGUAGAUGGCAGUGAAAAAGUUUCUUUCAGGAUAAUAAUUAAAUAUGACAUAUGGUCCAAGGAGAUACAUUUACAGUCUUCUAUGAGUUCUCCACAUUUAAAUGUGUUGUUGUUUGGUUCCCCUUCACUGUGUGUUGUUUACUUCAGUACUGUACUUCAGCCAUGCUGAGACUUGUACUAAGUAAUUAUACAUCUUAAGUUCUUUUUGCUGUGAAGAAAAGAUGUUCAAAAUGUUCCACUAAUAAGAUUGUCGUUUGAGCAUGUUUACUAUAAAGCAGGAAAGAUCCCUCAAUGCAAAAAUCAACUUCUGAAAGGGCAAAAUAUGGGAUGUAAUUUUUAUAAGUGCUAAAUAAAGCUAUGUAUUGCUCAGUAAAGAAACACCAGAACUGUCCCAUUCGUUAAAUUUCAUUGCAUGUAACACUGUGUAUCAAAUCUUUUACCUACAAAUGUAAUUUUUGGUUCUGCUUCUCUAAGUGCAGAUAAUCAGCCAGGAUAUGAUAAUUUUUUUGUUCACUUACCUAAGUUACAUUUGCCCACUUGUCCAUCAUACAUGAUAUAUAAAAUGCAUGCAGUUUAAAAAUAAAAAUUUGUUUUCAUUGUCCCUCACCACACAUAGUAUAUAAUACAACCACCUCAUAUUUGGUAUACAGUUUGUGCAACAUAUUGUAUAGCACUAUUCCAAAAGCAAUAUAAAUGGUAAUGAUAGUAAUUCAUAUUUGGAUUUCUGCAAAACAUAUAGGGGGGAAUUUAUCAUUAUUGUCUGUGGUGGACGCGUUUUACAGUCAAUAAUUUUCUACUGUGAAACUGCUGACAUGCACCAAAUUUAUGAAAUGGCACACAGUAUAUUAUAAAUUUGUCUAAGCAAUAGACAUCUAGAGGAAAUUAUCUCAGCACAGCCAAGUUUACACUAAAAGAAAAAGUGGCUCUGUAAAGUGCUGCAUUGCUGUCCCCCUAUAACGUUCUUAUUUUUCCAUAUUCGGGGCUGUAUGAGUGCCUAUUUUCCACAUCAUGAUCUGUAGUUUUUAACAGUACCUUUUUUGUGUAUAUGUGACAUUUUGUUUUUGCAUUUUUUGGACUAUGAUGUCGCAAUUUUGGACAUUAGUUUUUUUUUGUGUUUAUGCUGUUCACUUUAUGGUACCAUUUCCGCAUACAGCCAUAACAAAUGUUUAUUUGUUUAAUUGUUUUAAUUUUUUUUUCUUUUUGUAAAAUGGGAAAAGAGGGUAACUUAUUUUUAAACUCAGGGCGUGCUGGGAGUUGUAGCUGUGUACCAUAUAGAGAAAUACAUGUUAGAGUGGCAAGCACCAACCUAUGACUCUCCAGCUGUUGCAAAACUACAACUCCUAGCAUGUCCUCACUGUGAUUUUUUUUACAUCAGUACAUCCCUUUGUCAGUUCCCUACUCUAUGACUUUUGCACCAAAAUGUGUGAUUUACACAUAAACAUGCUGUUCAAAGGCAGUUUUGUAAGCCAGGUCUUGGUUGGUGCAUCUGCAAAGACAGAUUUGACUGUCAACAGGCAUUUCUCAACACGUGUGUUGAUAAUUUCCCCCCAUAGUUUCUCUUUGUAUGGUAGAUGUGCACAAAAAAAGUGUACCUCCAGUUAAACAGAUAAACAGUAAUGGUGCAAGUGUGCACAAUGAUUUUAAAGCUGAAUAUAUGCAGGUUCAGCUUCAAAAUAGCAGCAUGACUCAACAAUGAUGUGUCCUGUGGGCUGCUUAUAUCUAUGCUUAAAGGAUAACUCCGGGAUGUACAACUUAUCCCCUAUACUAAGUAUAGGGGAUAACUGUUAGAUCGCAGAAGUUCCGACCGCUGGG